GACAACAAUAAGCGCACGAUACCGCAGCCAGGCAGCGGGAAGCUCGUGUUAUUGUGUUGAAAGGCAGAUUGACUGAGGCCCUACCAUGCCUGUGGCCUCCACCAGGACAGAGCCUGUGCCCCAGGUAUUGGACAUGAUGAGCGACAGCACAACCAGCUCCACCACGGCCAAUGACCUAGACCUCAUCUACCUCAAAGGCAUCAUGGAGAGCCCUCUGGAGCAAGAGGAGAGCCUGAAGGAGCCACAUCUGUCACCGGUGAGGGAGAACAAUGUGGAGCUCCUGCAGGAGAUCCUCCGAGAUCUGGACCCCUUCACACACCGCUCUGGCACUGCAGCUGAGCUUUCCCGCAUUCUCACACAGCCUCAUUUCCAGUCUCUACUGGAGACUCAUGACUCAGUGGCGUCCCAGGCAUGUGAUAGCCCGCCCCCAAGCCCAUGUGAUUUUGUGGAUCAUGAACCGGAGGACGGCCACACAAACAACCAGCACCCGCCACCUGACGCAAUCCGCAUGGUGGGCAUACGCAAAGUGGCUGGGGAGCAUCUGGGGGUGACGUUCAAGGUGGAGGGUGGUGAGCUGGUGAUAGCCCGCAUCCUCCAUGGCGGUAUGAUAGACCAGCAAGGGCUGCUGCAUGUCGGAGACAUUAUCAAAGAGGUGAAUGGGCGAGAGGUGGGCCGGGACGCCAGGGUGCUGCAGGAGGAGCUGCAGGCAACCAGUGGAAGUGUGGUUUUGAAAAUACUGCCCAGCUACCAUGAAGCCAUACCACCAAGACAGGUGUUCUUCAAGUGUCACUAUGACUACGACCCGGCCAAUGACAACCUAAUACCCUGUAAGGAGGCAGGCUUAAGGUUUGAGACAGGGGACAUCCUGCAGAUAGUCAACCAGGAUGAUGUCAACUGGUGGCAGGCCCGUCAUGUGGAGGGUGGGAGCACGGGGCUGAUACCCAGUCAGAUGCUGGAGGAGAAAAGAAAAGCUUUUGUCAAGAUAGAUGUGGAACUGGCACCAGCAGGAAAUCUUUGUACUGGUGUUGGAGGGAAGAAGAAGAAGAAAAUGAUGUAUGUGACCACCAAAAAUGCAGAGUUUGACAGACAUGAGAUUCUGCUUUACGAGGAGGUGGCCAAGGUCCCGCCUUUCAAGAGGAAAACUCUGAUUUUGAUUGGUGCCCAAGGUGUGGGGAGGCGGAGACUGAAGAACAACCUUCUACUGAAGGAUCCUCAGCUCUUUGGCACCACCAUCCCAUAUACCUCCAGAAAGCCCAAAAAAGGGGAACGGGAAAGUCGGAUGUACGCCUUCACCAGCCGUAGCAAGAUGGACACCGAUAUCAAGAAUGGUCGCUAUCUCGAACACGGAGAGUACGACGGCAGUCUCUACGGAAUCAAGAUCGACUCGAUCCAUGAGGUGGUUGAGGCAGGACGCAUCUGCAUACUGGAUGCCAACCCUCAGUCUCUCAAAGUGCUGAGGACCUCUGAGUUCCUGCCCUACGUGGUCUUCCUCCAGUCUCCAGACUUCGAGGUGCUCAAGGCGAUGAACCACUCAGCUGUAGACGCAGGGGUGGUUACUAAAACACUGACGGAUGAAGAACUGCAGAGGACAUGCAGCGAGAGUGCUAAAAUGCAGGCAGCCUACGGUCACUACUUCGAUCUCAGCAUCAUUAACGACAACCUGGAUGAGACCUACCGCACUGUCAAAGCCGCCCUGGAAACAGUUUCCAAAAACCCCCAGUGGGUCCCCGUCACCUGGGUGUUCUAGAAAGAGGCCGCGGAGGAAAGGAGUGUAAGGAACAAGAAAGACAACAAAGGCACUGAAAAUAUACCACUGUGUAAAUAAUGGAUGUUGAUAUUUAGAUUUUGACACAUUUCCACUGAGAUUCAAUCUGCCCUUUAGCAUUAUCUUAGCAUCAGAACACUUUUUCCUGAUUGAAGGUCCCGUAUUUUACACCUUUGAUGUGUUUUAUUUGUUGAUCCAUAAGAUAUAUUUGUGGUUUUAAGAACUAAA